AUGUCCAUAGCCGAGGCAAGAUGCAGUCCCCCAUCUUUGGUCUUAAGCCUCUCCCCUGGACUUGGGCCAGAUGGUUUGCCUUCGCCUGGGAACUUCCCGGCUGGCGCCAGUGCUGGCGCCUCGGGAGCAUUGGGCUUUGCUCCUCCCUCGAACAGUGGGCUCCAUCCUCAUCACCACCAUCACCACCCUCAUCACCAUCUCAUGGGAGCAUCAGGACACCACCACCAUCAUCCGACAUCGAGGAGUCGCGCUUCCCCGAAUGAUCUGCUCAGUUUCGCGAUGAGUGCCACCACAGAAUUUUCUGGUCUACUUUCUCCUCGACUGAGACGAACUUCACUCCACGAGGAAGAUGUGGACAUCAAACCAGACAUCAAGAGAGAACUAGAGUCACCCACACCCAAGCGUCAACGCCUUUCCCCGCCGACUUUGGAAAUGUUGGAUCAACUACAUCAGCAUUGCGUCUCCCCGCCCAUAAUCAUGCGUCGAGGCAAUCGCCAUCCUUUUUGGCAUUCGCCUCAAGAGCCAAGGUGUCACACUCCGAGCCAAGGCCGAGGUAACGGGUCUCGACGAUCCCCGACGAACAAUCCGAACCGUCGGAGCCCUCCGCAACUGAGACGGAGCAUGCGACAGCGGGAAAGAAGUGGAUGUGAUCAUCGUGACGUAUCUUUGCCCCCAUUCUCUGUGGGAGGUCACCCUAAUCAUGGGCUUGCGCCCCAUCCCACACAGAUAUCCCAUUUGGGAACGACCCACCUUCUUCCGAACCAUUCGAACAAUGGAAAUCGACAAUACAACCCGCUUCAGUGUCACCAGUUCCCCCAAGCAGCAUUUAUGUCCGCAGCCGGAGCCUCGGCCUCGGCUACGCUCUCCACUUCAGGCCCACCAAUAUCCAUGGGGCCGAGCAUGAGCUCGCGGAUCUCUGGCAAUGGGCGUGGACACCCGAUCUCUGGUCCGCCGCCGUCCGGUGGAUUUCACAACCAGAGCGUUUUCAAUACGGCCUCCUCCAACCCUUUUGUGGGAUCCCAUCAUCCCUGCGGCUAUCCCAUGAGUGCCAACGCUCCACCGCGUGAAUGA